UAAAACAACUAGAAAAAUUAGAAGAAAAAGGAUUCACAAGUACUGACAAUACAAAAAAAAUCACAGUUAAAAGAACUGCAGUUGAAUCUGAAAUUUCGGAUGGCAAAGAUUUACAAACUGCAAAAGAGCUUCUUGAUAUUUUAUCAGACAAUAUAAAUAAUUAUGAAAUUUUUAGCGAAGGAAAUGGAAUAACACUAGCUUCUGAAGAGAUAAAUAAUUUAAUCAAAAUAGGUAAUAAUAAAAAAAUAUGUAAUGAUGAAAAUAUAAAAAAAAAUAUAAUGAAAGAAUUAUCAAAUAAAUCUGUUCCUGAUGAAGAAUCGGAGUCAAAACAAAUUGAUGAAACCAUAAAACAAAGUGUUUCAGAAAAUAAUAAUUUAAUGGAUUAUGAAAAGAUUGAAGAACAAUUAAGUAUAAUAACGAAUACCAAUAUAAAAAAUAAUUGUUCUAAAAAAGUCGAGGUAAUUUACGAUCAGGUAAGUAAAGUAGAACAAGGUAAACUUGUUAAAAAAAAGUACGCCCGUCUUAAAACCCUCGACACAAAUAUCGCUAAGUCCUCGUUUACUAUGGAUAAAAAACGUUCGCCGUUGAGUGAUUUUGCGCUCGAGCUGGAAACUUUGCAAAAAGACGAAAUUACUUUACAAGUUCCUCCAACACCACAAAUUUUGAGUCCUGGGAGUAGUAGUUUUAUGAUGCCGAUUUCAAAGUUGAGCGAAGAUUCCCGCACAAUUCAAAGCCUUGUAGCAACACCUCUCGAGUGUCCGCUAACGCCAAAGAUCGUUUUAACUCCACCGAAAAGCGUUAAUAAUUUACACAAAGGCUCUGAGAAACCCAUAAGCUCACCUUAUUAUGAACCUAUACUCAAUAACUUCAAGAUUUCAAAGAAAUCCGAAAUAACACAAUUUGAAGUUAUUAAAGAAAAUUUAUUAAAGAAUAAAAAAACUACAAUUGAAUCUAAUAUUAAAAAUAUAGACGAUGUGAUAAAAUUAAACACGUCGAUGUAUAGAGAAAAGAAAGUCAAUUUAAAAAGCGAUUCUUCCUCGGCAUCGUCUUGCAACUGUGAAAGUUGUUCAUCAUCAAAUAAAGAAGAUAUUGCAGAAACACCUGUUAAGAAUGACAAUACGUGUACUGAAGUAGACAUUUUCGAAACUCCUAGUAUUUCAAAAAUAAUUGAAACCCCAAUGAAUUUCAACACAAAAAUUUCCGAUAUUAUGAUGUUCCAAGAACAAGAGAUGCAAAAAGUACAAAAUUCAAAAGUAAAAAUAUCUAAAAUUACUACGAAGUCUCCUAUGGAGUUGAUAGAAACUUUUCCAUCAAAUAUUGAAAUGAAUGCUUUAGGAAUAGAGAAAAAUGCGAAUACACUUACAACGACUCAUACGAUCCAAAUAAAAAAAAGUGAAGAAGAGGUUUCUAAGGCAGUUCAAAGUAUAAUAACUAAUCAAGAGGAGAAAAUUAAUAAAAAUCAAAAUACAUCGGUAGAUAGUAUAGUAUUCGAUUCUUCAUAUAAAAAUGAGAGUAAAAGUAUUGACAAUAAAUUGGAAUUAGUAAAAGCUCUUGAGAGUAUUACAAAUACUAAUCAGAAAACGCAGGAUUACUCGUUUUUUAAAUCGACAAAUGCAAAUAAUGAAAACGAUAGCGAGGCAAAUCUCGAACUCGUCCUAGAGGAUGAAAAUGUAUCUGAAAUUUCCAGUAUCGAAGUGAAUAAAACGAAGGAGAGGUUUAUUCAGAAUAAUAUCAGCCCACACCAGCACAAUACUCGUUUCAAAUCUCGACAGAUGGCUGAUGAAAAAAAUGUAUCGUUAAAUAACAGUAAUGGUUUUAGCAAUAGUAAUAUACCCUGUCAAGAGAUACAAUAUGUUUUUGAUGAAGAUAACUAUAAACGAAAAAGAAGGAAAGUAUUUAGCAAUGAUGAAUUAACAUGGGAAUUUCACGAUGAGCUUGGUAAUCUGAUGAAUGCAACAGCUCCAACCAAUUUAGACAUUAUUUUUCAAAUUAACCCAGCAAGAAAAAGAACAUUAAAACAAUCAAAAGCUAUUAAAAGAGAAAAGUUCGUAUAUGUUGAAGAUGUCAUUAAAAAAUCAAUGAUGAACCAUAGCAAUAAUAAUAAUCCUAUAUCGGAUACCAACAAUGCCACUUACAAUGAAAAAGUUUAUAAUAUAGAAUGGUAG